AUGGCUUUUUCGACUAACCACAAAGAUAUCGGUGUUUUAUAUUUUAUUUUUGGUGUUUGAAGAGGAUUAAUUGGAACUUCUUUUAGUAUAAUUAUUCGCUCUGAGCUUAUAAAUGUUGGGUCUUUUAUAUCAAAUGAGCAUUUAUAUAAUGUUGUUGUAACUUCUCAUGCUUUUAUUAUGAUUUUUUUUAUAACAAUGCCACUAGUUAUUGGUGGUUUUGGUAAUUGACUUAUUCCACUGAUAAUUGGUGCUCCUGACAUGGCUUUUCCUCGUAUAAAUAACUUAAGGUUUUGACUUUUAGUCCCCUCAUUAAUUUUUAUGUUGUUUAGAAUGAUUAUUAGGACAGGAGCUGGUACUGGCUGAACUGUUUAUCCUCCUCUGUCUUUGAGAUUAACUCAUAGAGGCUUAUCAGUUGAUUUGCUAAUUUUUUCUUUGCAUAUUGCAGGUGUUUCAUCAAUUCUAGGCUCAGUUAACUUUAUUGUUACUAUUUUUAAUAUACGGACUCUUGGUAUAAACUUUGAAUAUCUGAGGCUAUUUGUUUGUUCAUCAUCUCAAAGUGUAGAUGCGCCCUUCCGCCAAAGGAGCGACG